AUGUCAAGCAUUGCAUUGAUAGAGCGUCUACUGGCUGCUGACGUAAAGGUGGUGGCAGCAGUGACAGGUGGCGGUGUUUCAGUAGCUGAAAGCCUCUUCCACCCAGGUAGUUCUUCCAUCAUGCUGCAGUUUACUGUCCCUUAUUCGCGCGCGAGCUUGCAGUCUUACUUGAGUUCGGUUUCGUUGACGUCCUCAAAGCUAAAAUGUUGCUCAGCGGAGAUGUCAGAACGCAUGGCGCUUGCUGCAUGGAAGCAAGCAAAAAUUACUACAUGGCAGGAAGCAAAGGAGGAGGAUGCGCAAACUGCAGCAGCGGUGCCCAGCUCUUUGAAGCGAUUUCGCACUUCUUUGGGCAUCGCAUGCACCGCUGGACUUGCGACUAAUUACCCCAAGAAGGGCCCGCAUGAGUGUUUCAUUUCAGUGUGCCAGGCUCACUUUAUGUCCAACAGCAACACUUUCAUGCGACCACAAUGUGAAACGUAUCAUCUCCAAUUGGACAAGUCUUUGGGGCGCUCGAGAUCGGAGGAAGACCAAAUUGUGAGUCGCUGGCUUGUGUAUCUCCUGGCCAAGGCUGCUUCUGUGGACUUCGAAACAUGUAAAGCCUUUUAUGAUGAACUGACGUCUGCACAGACUGGAAUUGAUACUGUCGUGAAGCUGACGUCAGAUGAAGGAAAUGACGAUCCACUACAUGACAUCUGUAGUAGCAACGCGAACAAACUGUUGAGUGUCGCUUUUUUGCCCGUGUCACCAAAAGAUAACGUAGCUGCUACAACGAUUGCUGCUCAAGGGUUUGAUUUCCGUGGAUUGGUUCUACCAGGAUCGUUUAAUCCACUUCACAGGGGUCACAUAGAUCUGGCACGCGUUGCCCAGCAGCUGAUGAAAUCGCGAACAAGAGUCGAACUACCGGUAGCGUUUGAACUAACAGUGGCGAAUGCAGAUAAGGGUGCGAUUGAAUCGUCUACCGUCUCGGCACGACUUGCGCAGUUUUCACAUGGCGAUACCUUAGGACUGGAUGCUUGGCCCGUGUUGGUCACGAAUGCUACGUUCUUUGGCGAGAAAGCCGAGCUGCUUCCUGGCUGCACAUUCAUUAUUGGCGCUGAUACGGCAGUUCGCAUCGUGGACAAGAAAUAUUACGACAUGGACGAGCACAAGAUGGUGCUGGCGCUGGAACACAUUGCUCGCCACGAAUGCUCUUUCGUGGUGGCUGGAAGAUAUGAUAACAAGGUGGAGAACCGAUUUAUAACUGCCGAGGAGGUUCUGGAGAAAUGUGUGCCGCCCGUGCUUCGCUAUCUUUUCAUUCCACUGCCCGAGUCUGCGUUCCGGAAUGACAUUUCUUCAACAAAGAUCCGUCGGCAGAUGGCUACAUAA